GUUUUGUAAAUGUCUGUGCUACUGAGCCUCUUAAGACAACUGCUGGAAUAUUAUGGUGUGCCUCCUGAACUGGUCCUACAAAGAUGUGAAGUUUGUCUUUAUGGUAUUGCUCAAAUGUUUGGAUCUCAUCGUCCUUUAAAUACCUUUCCUGCAGUACACUUCCAGCAGUUAUGUGCCAUCUCAAGAAACUAUUUGAUGUCCUGGUCUUGGGAAACAAAGAAAUAUGGAUCUACCCGAAGUUUUGUUCGCAGAUUGGGAAAAAUUCUUUUCUUAGCCCCUUAUCCAAGGGCUCAUUUUCAGUUGAGCCAACAUUUGAAUUCCUUGGACUCUGAGCAGCAGAGCAUUGUUGGCUCUGUUACCCCCUCUCUUACUGAUGUCUUGUGGAUUGCAAAUGAUGAUAGUGAGCCGUCUGCUAGAUUUAGAUCUGAUGAACAGGCAGAGUCUGUACUUCUGUGUUCAUUUCCUUUGCCAGCAUCUUCAAAAGGAAAAUCACUCAAAGCAGCUGCUGUGAACGAGAAUGCAAUCAAAAAAAUUUCUGCACUCGAGGAAGAGUUAAGUCAUCUCCGUGCACAGAUUGCUUUAAUUGUCUCAUUGCAUGGGGCAAGGAAUUACCAGUCAUGUUCAGGUACUGUGAAUUCAUCAAAUACACCCGGGAGUACUUUUCCACAGUCAUCAAUGACUUCUACACCAGUUCCCAUUUCGUCUUGUAGCACAGUCAUUCCACCACCACCACCACCACUUCCAGAGGUGCUGCCAUCUGAAUCUGGCCCCCAAAUUUCAACAACUGAACUUAUAAAACAACGUCGAGCGGCAAGUAAGAACAAAGAUAUUGCAAAUAGGGCUGGAUGUCAGGAGGCUAAGGCUGUUCCCAGUAUGGCAGAUGUUCUGAAGGAUAUAAAUAAGGUCAAAUUAAGAGCUGUUGAGAGGUCGCCAGGAGGUACACCUCUACCCAGAACAAAGAAAGUAAUUAGAGUACAAUGGGAUCCAGCGGCUUUAAUAGCUGAAGCUCUUAAAGAGAAAUUUGCAGCCCACAGCAAUGAUGAUGAUUCAUUUGAUAAAGAGAACAGAUCCUCUGAUGCUUCUCCAUUUUCCAGUCCAGAAACCCCAAUAAUUGGCCGCCACAUUUUGAAGCCAAAUAUCAAACAAACACGGAUUAGAGCCGAGGAAUUCAGACGGGUGUAGGCUACAAAAGCAAGAACUGCACAGCCCCUGUUGUAGAGUUUUUGGAACCGCUUAGCACAGUUGUAUUUGGCAAGGCUAUUUUCAUCCUUGUUUCAUAGAUUUCAGUUUGUAUGUCACAAGGUUCACAGUUUGUAUGUCACAACUUCUAAACACUUAAUGUUAUAUGAUGUAUUCCAGCA